CGGCCCCCCGCCCCGGCGGCAGGAUGAUGUGCGAGGUGAUGCCGACCAUCAGCGAGGACUCGCGGCGCGGCUCGGCCUGCGGGCCGGAGGAGCCGGGGCAGCUGGAGCAGCUCAUGGUCAACAUGCUGACCGAGCGUGAGCGACUCCUCGACUCCCUGCGCGAGGCCCAGGACGGGCUGGCCGGAGCCCAGCUGCGUCUGCGGGAGCUCGGACACGAGAAGGACUCCUUGCAACGGCAGCUCAGCAUCGCUCUGCCUCAGGAGUUUGCGGCCCUGACCAAGGAGCUGAACCUAUGCCGGGAGCAGCUGCUGGAGCGGGAGGAAGAGAUCGCGGAGCUCAAGGCCGAGAGGAACAACACGAGGCUGCUGCUCGAGCACCUGGAGUGCCUGGUGUCCCGGCAUGAGAGGUCACUGCGCAUGACCGUGGUGAAGCGGCAGGCCCAGUCUCCGGCGGGCGUUUCCAGCGAGGUAGAGGUGCUCAAGGCCCUUAAAUCCCUAUUCGAGCAUCACAAGGCCCUGGACGAGAAGGUUCGGGAGCGGCUGCGGGUCUCUCUGGAGCGGGUGGCUGUACUGGAGGAGGAGCUGGAAAUUAGCAAUCAGGAGUCCGUAACCCUGCGGGAGCAGCUGGCCCGGCGCCGAUCGGGGCUGGAGGAGCCGGGGAAGGAGGGAGAUGGGCAGGCUCUCCCAAACGGUUCUGUCCCCGGGGGGGAAGGAGGGCGGCGGGCCCUGGAGCUGGAGGAGACCCUGGAGCGGCAGCGGAUGGAGGUGUCCCAGCUGAGGGAGCGGCUCGGAGCCGUCUGCCGCCAGAUGGCCCAGCUGGAGGAGGAGCUGGGUUCCGCACACCGGGAGUUGGGCAAGUCCGAGGAGGCCGGGGGCAAGCUGCAAAGGGACCUCAAGGAGGCCCUGGCCCAGCGAGAAGACAUGGAGGAGCGGAUCACAACGCUGGAAAAACGCUACCUCAGUGCCCAGCGGGAGGCCACGUCCCUGCACGAUGCCAAUGAUAAGCUGGAGAAUGAGCUGGCCAGCAAGGAGUCCCUGUACCGCCAAAGCGAGGAGAAGAACAGGCAGCUGGCGGAAUGGCUCGAAGACGCAAAGCAGAAGCUGCAGCAGACGCUGCAGAAAGCAGAGACGCUGCCCGAGAUCGAGGCCCAGCUGGCCCAGCGUGUGGCUGCGCUCAACAAGGCUGAAGAACGUCAUGGGAAUUUUGAGGAGCGGCUGCGGCAGCUGGAGGCCCAGCUGGAGGAGAAGAACCAGGAGCUGCAGCGGGCGCGGCAGCGGGAGAAGAUGAACGACGAGCACAACAAGCGCCUGUCGGAGACAGUGGACAAGCUGCUCAGCGAGUCUAACGAACGGCUGCAGCUGCACCUCAAGGAGCGGAUGGGGGCCCUGGAGGAGAAGAACACUCUGAGUGAGGAGAUUGCCAACAUGAAGAAACUACAGGAUGAGCUGUUGCUUAACAAGGAACAGCUCCUCGCUGAGAUGGAACGGAUGCAGAUGGAGAUCGACCAGCUCAGGGGACGGCCCCCCUCCUCUUACUCCAGGUCUCUCCCUGGGAGCGCCCUGGAGCUCCGCUACUCCCAGGCCCCUACACUACCCUCUGGUGCCCACCUGGACCCCUACAGUGCCGGGAGCAGCCGGGCUGGCAAGCGGAGCCGUUGGGCCACGGGCAAGGAUGACCCCACCAAGGAGUGGGAACGGGCCCAGCAGACGGGGUCUCUGCCCCCCCAGUUUGACGGGGAGCUGGAUGGGUCAGACGAGGAGGAGGGCGAGGGCCUGUUCGGAGCAGAGCUGCUGUCCCCCAGCGGCCAGGCCGACGUCCAGACCUUGGCCAUCAUGCUGCAGGAGCAGCUCGAAGCUAUCAACAAGGAGAUCAAGCUGAUCCAGGAGGAAAAGGAGACAACAGAGCAGCGGGCUGAGGAGCUGGAGAGCCGGGUGUCCGGCUCGGGGUUGGACUCUCUGGGCCGGUACCGGGGCGGCAGCGCCCUGCCCGCCUCCCUCACCUCCUCCACCUUGGCCAGCCCCUCUCCCCCAAGCAGCGGCCACUCCACACCCCGCCUGGCACCCCCCAGCCCCGCCCGUGAUGGGACUGACAAAACCAAUCAUGUCCCAAAGGAGGAGGCCGGGGGAGGCUCCCGAGGAGAGGGGCCUCCACUGCCCAGUGACACGACACCACCCCCGACCCCCCGCUCUGCCCGGCUGGAGAGGAUGAGCCAGGCCCUGGCACUGACCGCGGGCGUCCUGGAGGAUGGAAGGGACCUGCGGGCCAGCCUGGGCCCUGAUGGGGCCCCCGGCACCCCUGACGCCCUGCACAAGGCCCCCAAGAAAAAGAGCAUCAAGUCGUCCAUUGGGCGGCUGUUUGGGAAGAAGGAGAAGGGACGAAUGGGGGGCCUGGGCCGGGACGGACCUUCUCUGGCUGGGACCCCGUCAGAUGAGUUGGCUCCGGCCGACCCGCUGGGUCUGUCCAAGCUGGCCGGCCCCGGGGGAGACAAGGACCGGAGGAACAAGAAGAAACAUGAACUUCUGGAAGAAGCCUGCCGCCAGGGCCUGCCCUUUGCUGCCUGGGAUGGACCCACCGUGGUCUCCUGGCUGGAGCUGUGGGUGGGAAUGCCAGCCUGGUACGUGGCAGCCUGCCGGGCCAACGUCAAGAGCGGAGCCAUCAUGGCCAACCUGUCGGACACGGAGAUCCAGCGGGAGAUCGGCAUCAGCAACCCGCUGCAUCGACUCAAGCUGCGCCUGGCCAUCCAGGAGAUGGUGUCCCUGACCAGCCCCUCCGCCCCUGCCUCCUCCCGCACGUCAACAGGGAACGUGUGGAUGACGCACGAGGAGAUGGAGUCGCUGACAGCCACGACCAAGCCGGAGACAAAAGAAAUCAGCUGGGAGCAGAUCUUGGCUUAUGGCGAUAUGAACCACGAGUGGGUGGGAAACGACUGGCUUCCCAGCCUGGGCCUACCCCAGUACCGCAGCUACUUCAUGGAGUCGUUGGUGGAUGCCCGCAUGCUCGACCACCUCAACAAGAAGGAGCUGCGAGGCCAGCUCAAGAUGGUGGACAGCUUCCACAGGGUCAGUCUGCACUACGGCAUUAUGUGUCUGAAGAGGCUUAACUACGACCGCAAGGACCUGGAGCGGCGGAGGGAAGAGAGUCAGAUGCAAAUCCGAGAUGUGAUGGUCUGGUCCAACGAGAGGGUCAUGUGCUGGGUGGCCCUGAUUGGACUGAAGGAAUUUGCCAACAACCUGGCGGAAAGCGGGGUGCACGGGGCGCUCCUUGCGCUGGACGAGACCUUCGACUGUUCCGACCUGGCCUUGCUACUGCAGAUCCCGACACAGAACUGCCAGGCCCGGCAGCUCCUUGAGAAGGAAUUUGGGAAUCUCAUCUCCAUGGGAACGGACAGAAGGCUAGAUGAGGACAGCGCCAAAUCAUUCAGCCGCUCACCGUCCUGGCGGAAGAUGUUCCGGGAGAAGGACCUGAGGGGCGUGAGUCCAGAUUCCGCAGAGAUGCUGCCACCCAACUUCCGCACAGCCGCCAUGGGCACCCUGGGCUCCCCGAGCCUGCCGCUGCGCAAGCUGCAAACUGAUGGACCCCCUUCAGGGAGUCCCCGGGCUGAUGGCGUCUCUGUCCGGACCUACUCUUGUUAGUGCCAGUGACCAGAUGACUGGCGUCCAGACGCAGAGGGGGCCGGGAGCCUUCGCCCCCCCCCCAACCCCCCCCGCGCCACGGGAGCUGGUAUCACCCGGAGGGGCGGCGGCCCGUCCGGGGCAGGGAGGGAAAGGCCGAGCGCGUGCUCUGGACUGCACCAUCCGUACAGACUGCGGGGGGGAAGGCGGGCGGGUCAGACCGGCCCACGG